AUGGUAAGAUCUGUGCUCGAAGUGAUGGGUGCCAAUGUGAAUUCUCAGAGUUUUGAGGAAAACCCAGAUGGGUGCCAGGCAGAGAUGAUUGCAAGAGAGAGAAGAAUCUCCAUUUCCCAGUUCAAGUCUCUGUGCCACAGCAACAACAACAUCAACAGCAACAGCAAGUCCAACAAUACUUGUGUGGCCAAAACAAACAGUGGGGCAAUGGAGUGUUGUGUUUGUCUGUAUGGUUUUGAAGCUAAGCAAGAGGUGAGCGAAUUGUCUUGCAAGCAUUUCUUCCACAAAGGUUGCUUGGAGAAGUGGUUUGACAACAACCAUUCUAUUUGCCCUCUCUGCCGCUCUGUUGAUUAG